UAAAAAAAACAACUUGGUCUUCUGUACCGCUAAAAGUUCAGGUAGGAAGUUAGGACGCGUGGGGUGGGCGUGGUCUCGACGGAAGGCGGAAGACUCUUUUGUUGACGUUUUUCUUUCCCAGCGUGCGCCGCUAGAUGUCGCGCGCAGCGAUGGUUUGGUUCGAUGAACACGAACGGGACUCAAGCGAUGAGGAUUUAUCGGAUUUGUUACGUCGAUUACACGACCUCAGCCGUUCGCAAGGUGCCCAUCACCGAGAAAUGACAUUUCAGACUCCGCUUUUUUGGUUUUCUCUUCCCCGUCGCGUAGUUUGAUCCUCAUCGUACGCGACGGAAUAUUAUAUCAACGACGAACAUGCCACAAAUGACUUUUUCAUUUUUGUGAAUGCGUUCAAGAUUAGCAUUUUGCACACUUUCUGUUUUAUUUCCUGUUAUUAAAUCUAUGCGUUGUAUCGUAUUAUUUUAAUAUAUUUUCAUCGUAAUGCAGGCUCCGGUCCCGCCUUCCCCCAUAAAGCCAGCCGUGGCCCCUUCAGUAGAGCUGGGGGUCACGGUCCUUUACACUUGUCUUUACGGGGGCCUGUUUUUAGUGGUGUUCGUUCAGCUUUGGCUGCUGUUGCUGUACAGGCAUAAGCGAUGGAGCUACCAGAGUAUUUUUCUGUUUCUUUGCCUCUUCUGGGCAGCGCUUCGCACGACGCUCUUUUCUUUUUAUUUCCGUAACGCCCUCGCGGCCAACCACCUGUCCACUCCGGCCUACUGGCUCCUUUACUGCUUCCCGGUGUGCUUGCAGUUCUUCACGCUGAGUCUCUUCAACAUUUACUUCACUCAGGUGAGACGGUAUAUGAAGAGAGGUCGGAAACCGACCCGGGGCCUAAUAACUGUGCUUCAUUUUGACAGGAGCUGCUCAAAGUUAGGGACGUGUUUCACGUCGAGCCCAGGAAAGGACUUUUGCGCGAGCCUCGGACAGCACGGAGCCGGCGGCGACACUUUUAGGCUGGUUCUGCUUCGGGUUCUAGUCAACGACCUGCUGUUCAUUCUGGAAGCUGUGUGUCUGGCCACAUCUCUGCUCCUCUUAACCCGAUCCUCGCCUCCUACCACCCCUUAUCUACGCAGCAAGGGGUUUUGCCGGACGGCGGUGCUGGGGGCGGGCGUCAUCUUGCUCUUCUCUAGCAGGGCGUGCUACAAUCUCGCUGUGCUGUUUUUGUCUCAAAACCAUAAAGUUGAGGCCUUUGACUUUGACUGGUACAACAUCUCCGAUCAGGCUGAUCUUCAGAGUGAGCUUGGAGACAGAGGCUACAUUAUCUUCGGAGCUGUCCUCUUCAUUUGGGAGCUGCUUCCUACCAGUCUGCUCAUUCUCAUCUUCAGAGUUCGUCAGCCUCCUCAAGAAAAGAGCUGCAGCCCAGCGAUGUGCAGCACUCGAGGCUCACGCUCGUAUUUCUUCGACGAUCCUCGUGGAGCGGAUGACGACGCGGCUUCUCUCUGGAGUCACGGUAUCAAUCCUCACAGCAGCUGGUUCGGAUCCGGCGAGACGACUCCGCUCCUCUUCAACCGGACUCAGCAGAGCGACCAGCACCACUCUCUGUACUCCACCCCGCAGACCUGACCACACGCAGCGCUGCAGAGAUCUUCUCUGACCUUCUCAGGCAACAGCACAGCAUUACCUCUUCCUGUUGAGUAGCUCAAUAGGUUCGUUUGCACUAAAAUUCACCAGAAGCUUCUGUGCUUCUGAAGUUGCACCUUGACUUUUUAAAGACUAGACGCUUGUGAUAUAAAAGGGACCAUUUAAUUAUAUUUCUAUAAGGAUUAAUUGUUUUCAUCGUUUUAUAAGGGUAUCUCUGAAAUGUAUUAACGGAUGCUAUUUUUUUUUUUUCCAUUUUAAAUGGUGCAUAGGAAAGCAAUCAUUUUGGUACUAACCGUGAGCUGUUAUUUGACAAUGUAUUUUAAUAAUAAAAAAAUAAUAAUAAUUUAACCAUA